AUGGUCCGACGAUUCUCCAAGUUUCCCAAAAAGCCCGCCGACUGGGUCGGUCCCGCGGCGCCUCUGUCCGAACGGAAGCAGAUCUUCCUUCCCGACUUCACAAUCGCCCUAAUCCGCACGCCGUUCCUCCCUCCCCGCUACGCCACCUUCUACGUGCCGCUCAACUUCAACAAACUGGAUAUGCGCGAUUACCUGCAGCGACUGUACGGCGUGGGAGUCGUCAGCGUGCGAUCAUUCGUCGAGCAACAGAAACUGACGAGGUUGAAGUCUCUGGGUCGUUAUGGAUAUGGCAAGAUUCGUCGCCCGCAGUCGAAGAAGAAGAUGACGGUGGAGAUGAAGGAGGCGUUUGUUUGGCCUGAGGCGCCGAAGGAUAUGGCUCCAUGGGAGAAAGACCAGUUCUUCAAGGCUCAGAAAUACCAGGAGGAGAUCCAGGAUAAGCAGAAGCCGGAUGCGGGAAUGAAGGCGGAUGAGAAGGAGAGGGAGGUUUAUAAGGAGGAUGCGAAGAAAUUGUUGGAGGGUGCUAAGCCGUGGAGGCCGACUUGGAAGGCUUUGGGGUUGGGGCAUUAUGAGAGGCCGUUGGUUAAGUCGUGA